AUUCAUGCGACAAACCGAGUUCAUACUCGAUCCUGAUUGCAUAACCGUGUGUAAGUAACGUUAUAAUACAACCUUACGUCAUUUUCACGCGUUUACGUUUCAAGUAAAACGACACGUGCAGAGGGGCAUCGUCGUAUUGAGCGUCGGUCCGUUCUUCUGUGAUGACCGAUGUUGCGCGAGCACGAAUUCAUAAGCCGUAUAUAAUAACCAAGGUCUGUACGGUCGUGAACAGUGAAGUGAUACACAUCAAUGAUGGAGAACGGAUCGUUCGUUAGCACCCGGUCUCCCGAAGACACGAUAAAACAGUUCGAAGCUUAUCUGAGAAAAUAUGAAAACGAUGACAAGUUGGUGAUUCUGGAGGCCGCGGAAAGGCCAGGGUCAAAGCCCGGCGACAAUUACAUGUCGAUUAUGAUCAGAACGAAAGUCGUCGGCACACGCGGAGAUGGAAGUCCAUACGCCAAGACUUUUAUGACAAAGAAGAUCCAGGAGAGCAAUAUUUCCACAUUGAUGGAUCUUUCCGAUUUAUUCCGUAUGGAGGCACAUGCUUAUACAAAAGUAUUGCCCAUUCUUGGACCUUUUGGCCCUCGAUGUGUACAUGCCGAUCAAAACACUAUAAUAAUGGAAGAUUUGGCGGAAAAGGGAUACGUUACCUGCGAGAGGCGUAACUUACUCGAUUUGGAUCAUACUGUCUUCGCCUUAAAGAAACUUGCCAAGUUACACGCGUCGGCUCUAGCUCUAAAGAUCAAUGAUCCGCGCAAAUUUGACACGUUGAAUUUGAAUAUAGAAGAAAUAAUUUACAAAGACAAUUCUCAAACGUCGGAAAUGAGGAAAUGCACCGAACUAUGUGUGAAGUCGAUAGUAGAAUAUUUAGAUAAGAUACAGCCACAAACGCAGGAAUUGCAGACUAUUAGAAAUUACUUUACCACCUGCAUCGACAGAACUUACGACGCGAUGCGUCGAAUAUUCACCGCACCGAAGAAAAAGUAUGACACGAUCUGCCACGGUGAUCCGUGGGUGAAUAAUUUACUCUUCCUGUAUGACAACGAUGGCAGGAUAAUCGACCUAAAGAUGGUAGAUUACCAGAUAAUCAGGUAUACCUCGAUCGCCACGGAUAUCCUUUACUUCAUAUAUAGCAGCGUACGAUCGUCGUUGAUCGAGAGGAGUUUCGAGAGCUUCAUCAAGAUCUAUCACAAAGAGUUUCUCAACGCACUCCAGCAAUCGGGCGUUACAGACGAGAAGAUUUUGGCGGAGCUCAGAAUGGAGUGGCUGGAAUCGGAGUUGCGAACUUACUCGUUUUACGGACUGCUCAUUGGAUGCUUUUUGAUCAAUCCGAUUUUGGCGGAGGAGGAGGACGUUCGGAAAUUUCAAACGAUUGAACUUGGUGUGAUGAAUCCGGUGUAUCAGGCCGACACAAGUUCCCCGAUGGGCCAAAAGAAAAUCGAUCGCGUCAAGUGCAUGGCGCUUCAUUAUUACAAGAGAUUUCAUUUGGGUAUUAUUAAUGACGAUAUCGAACCGAUUACUGACACGAUAAAACAGUUCGAAGCUUAUCUGAGAAAAUAUGAAAACGAUGACAAGUUGGUGAUUCUGGAGGCCGUGGAGAGGCCAGGAUCGAAUCUCGGCGACAAUUACACGUCGAUGUUGAUCAGAACGAAAGUCUUCGGCACACGCGGAGAUGGAAAUCCAUAUACCAAGACUUUUAUGACAAAGAUGACAAAGAGAGGGAGCAACAUUUCCGCAUUGAUGGAUCUUUCCGAUUUAUUCCUUAUGGAGGCACAUGCUUAUACAAAAGUAUUGCCCAUUCUUGGAUCUUUUGGUCCUCAAUGUGUAUAUGCCGACAAAGAUACUAUAAUAAUGGAAGACUUGGCGGAAAAGGGAUACGUCACCUGCGAGAGGCGUAACUUACUGGACUUGGAUCACACUGUCUUCGCCUUAAAGACACUUGCCAGGUUACACGCGUCAACUCUGGCUCUAAAGAUCAAUGACCCGCGGCAGUUUGACACGUUAAAUUUGCAUCUGCAAGAAGUAAUUUAUAAGGAUGACAGUUCAAAAACGUCGGUAAUGAGAUGGAUCACCGAAUUAGCCUUGAAGUCGAUAGUACAAUAUUUAGAUGUGAUACAGCCACGAACGCAGGAAUUGCAAACUAUUAAAAAUCAUUUUGCUACCUACCUCGACAGAACUUACGACGAAAUACGCCGAAUAUUCACCGCACCGAAGCAAAAGUACGACACGAUCUGCCACGGUGACCCGUGGGUCAAUAAUUUACUCUUCCUGCAUGACAACGAUGGUAGGAUAGUCGACCUAAAGAUGGUAGAUUACCAGAUAAUCAGGUAUACCUCGAUCGCCACGGAUAUCCUCUACUUCAUAUAUAGCAGCGUACGAUCGUCGUUGAUCGAGAGGAGUUUCGAGAGCCUCAUCAAGAUCUAUCACAACGAAUUUCUCAACGAACUCCGACGAUUGGACGUAAACGAGAAGGUUUUGGCGGAGCUCGGAAUGGAGUGGCUGGAGUCGGUGUUGCGAACUUACUCGUUUUACGGAAUGAUCAGUGGAUGCAUGUUGGUAAAUACGAUUUUGGCGGAGGAGGAGGACGUACAGAAAUUUGAAACGAUGGACUUCGACGUGAUGAAUCAGGCGUAUCAAGCCGAAACAAGUUCGGCGAGCACCCCCAAAAAAAUCGAUCGCGUCAAGUGCAUCGCGUUUCAUUAUUACAAGAGAUUUCAUUUGGGUAUUAUUAAUGACGAUAUCGAACCGAUUUCUAUUACUGACACGGUAAAACAGUUCGAAGCUUAUCUGAGAAAAUACGAAAACGAUGACAAGUUGGUGAUUCUGGAGGCCGUGGAGAGGCCAGGGUCGAAUCUCGGCGACAAUUACACGUCGACGUUGAUUAGAACGAAACUCGUCGGUACACGCGGAGAUGGAAGUCCAUAUGCGAAAACUUUCAUGACAAAGAUGAUCCCUGAUGGCAAACUCUCCACAUUGAUAGAUCUUUCAGCUUUAUUCCGUAUGGAGGCACAUAUUUAUACAAAAGUAUUACCCAUUCUUGGAUCUUUUGGUCCUCAAUGUGUAUAUGCCGACAAAGAUACUAUAAUAAUGGAAGACUUGGCGGAAAAAGGAUACGUCAACUGCGAGAGACGUCACUUAUUGGACUUGGAUCAUACUGUCUUCGCCUUAAAGACACUCGCUAGGUUACACGCGUCGGCUCUGUCUCUAAAGAUCAAUAACCCGCGGCAGUUUGACGCGUUAAAUUUGCAUCUGGAAGAAGUAAUUUACAAAGACAAUUCCGAAACGUCGUUAAUUAGGUCGUGCACCGAAACACGUUCAAAGUCGAUAAUAGAAUGUUUAGAUAUGAUAGAGCCACGUACGCAAGAGUUGCAAACUAUUAGAGAUCACAUUGCCACUUACCUCGACAAAACUUACGACGCAAUGCGUCGAAUGUUCACCACACCGAGGCAAAAGUACGACACGAUCUGCCACGGUGAUCCGUGGGUCAAUAAUUUACUCUUCCUGCAUGACAACGACGGCCGGAUAAUUGACCUAAAGAUGGUAGAUUACCAGAUAAUCAGGCAUACCUCGAUCUCCACGGAUAUUCUUUACCUCAUAUACGGCAGCGUACGAUCGUCGUUGAUCGAGAGGAGUUUCGAGAGCCUCAUCAAGAUCUAUCACAACGAGUUUCUCAGCGAGCUCCGACGAUCGCGCGUAGACGAGAAGAUUCUGGCGGAGCUCGGAACGGAGUGGCUGGAGACGGAGUUGCGAACUUACUCGUUUUACGGGCUGCUCGUUGGAUGCUUUUUGAUAAAUCCGAUUUUGGCGGAGGAGGAGGACGUUCGGCAAUUGCAAACGAUUGACUUCGAUGCGAGCAGUCCGCUGUAUCAAGCCGACAUAAAUUCGGCGAGGAACCAAAAGAAACUCGAUCGCGUCAAGUGCAUCGCGUUUCAUUAUUACAGGAGAUUUCACUUGGGUAUUAUUAAUGACGAUAUCGAACCGAUUUCUGUUACAGAAUAGUACUAAUAUUGCUCAGAACAAUCAUGAUAACGUUUAUUGCCUAAUUAUUGUAUUAAUGUUAUUGUCUAAUGAACGGCAGUAAAUAGUGUUUAUAUACCAAGAGUAAAAAAAACAAUCGUGAUUUUAUCUCAUGUUACAUAGAUAAUGCACCUGUGCGUACAAAGAGAGAAGU